ACCUACCAAGAGCAGCUGUCAGGAUCUUAAGCAACAUGACAUUCCUUUUUGUGAGUUUGUCAUACACAGCUGAGAGUGCCAUUGUAACUGCUUUCAUUACCUUCAUUCCCAAGUUCAUCGAGUCACAGUUUGGUAUUCCAGCUUCCAAUGCCAGCAUCUACACUGGUGUCAUUAUUGUCCCCAGUGCUGGUGUCGGUAUUGUCCUGGGAGGUUACAUUAUAAAAAAAUUGAAACUUGGUGCAAGAGAAUCUGCAAAGCUAGCAAUGAUCUGCAGUGGUGUGUCUUUACUGUGCUUUUCAACCCUAUUUAUUGUUGGGUGUGAAAGUAUUAAUCUGGGAGGCAUAAACAUCCCUUAUACAACAGGACCUUCCCUGACCAUGCCCCAUAGGAACCUGACAGGAAGCUGCAAUGUGAAUUGUGGUUGUAAAAUACACGAGUAUGAGCCAGUCUGUGGAUCAGAUGGAAUUACCUAUUUUAACCCUUGUCUGGCCGGCUGUGUUAAUAGUGGUAAUCUUAGCACUGGGAUUCGGAAUUAUACAGAAUGCACCUGCGUCCAAAGUCGACAAGUGAUCACUCCACCCACAGCUGGGCAGCGCAGUCAGCUCCGCGUGGUGAUUGUCAAGACUUAUCUCAAUGAGAAUGGCUAUGCGCUGUCAGGAAGGUGUAAACGGACAUGCAAUACCCUUAUCCCAUUCUUAGUUUUUCUUUUCAUAGUCACCUUCAUCACGGCAUGUGCCCAACCUUCAGCCAUCAUAGUAACUCUCAGGUCCGUGGGAGAGGAGGAGAGACCUUUUGCUCUGGGAAUGCAGUUUGUUUUGUUGCGAACACUUGCAUACAUUCCUACUCCUAUUUACUUCGGAGCAGUUAUUGACACCACCUGCAUGCUGUGGCAACAGGAAUGUGGAGUGCAAGGCUCUUGCUGGGAGUAUAACGUGACAUCAUUUCGUUUCGUCUACUUUGGUUUGGCUGCUGGCCUAAAAUUUGUCGGCUUCAUCUUUAUUUUUCUGGCCUGGUACUCUAUAAAAUCCAAGGAGGGUGAACUGCAGCGGCAGAGGCACCGAGACUUGCCUCUGAGCACUGUGAGCCAGGUAGUGGGCCGGCCUGACAAAACUGAGAAAUAUAACCGGACUAGAUCAUGCCCAGCCUUCAGCACCCAGGGAGAAUUCCACGAAGAAAGUGGUCAGCAAAAAGGGAUUCCAUACACAGCACAGACCUAUUCAGGGCCCUUCCCAGAAGCAAUAAGUUCCUCCGUAGAUCCGGGUCUGGAAGAGAGUCCUGAUGCCAUAUAACAUUCCUCCUGAAGCUUGAAAAAGGAAGACUUGUUCUGUUGGUUGAGUUGAAUAUGGCGACUUGAGAAACACCCGUGCCUUCUUUUCUUUCUUUUUUUAACCUCUGCAGACACAAUCCUCAAACCAACAAAACUCAGUAUACACAGCCACUGCUGAUUGAGGGCUGGGUACCUCAACAAGAGAGCCUUGCCCUCUUCUCUCCAAGGAGGAGUCUAGAUAGAUUUGUUUCCAUUUCUGCUAUGUUAAUUGAAAGCUCAUGCUCCAGUGUGGUAGAAAGCUGAGGUCCUUGGUGAACAAGAUAUCAUUAGCAUACACUCCAAACACAGGUGAGCUUGACCUUGACUUUGCAUUCAAAGUUUUUAGAUAUAAGCACCUACUUUGAGUUCUGCUACAAAGCACAAAUGAAUUUGCCUCAACUAUGCAAUUUGAUUGGAAACAUGUAAGGUCAGCAUAUUACUUUUGUUUUCAGGGAACAAAGCAGGUAUGUUUUUGAAAAGGGGAAGUUGACCACUCGCUAAAGAACUGUUAGUAGCAUUUUAAGCCAUGGCUGAGUUAUCAAUCAGGUAGAACUUUUCAAAUGCUUCAAAGGAACCAUAUGUAUAGCGUGGUGGAAGGAACAAGAGCAUCAUUUCCUAAGACACAUCUGUCUUAGUCUGUCUGUCCCAUCAGAAGGUAGUUAAAGAGGCUGCUGAAUCAUACAUCUGAUAUCUUGAACAUAAACUCCAACAUUCUUUCAUAGGGGCUUUAAUAAUAUGACUAGAAAUAGUACUUGAGUUGCAUAAUCAGGAAAGACACCGAUGGCUUUCUCGUCCAAAGAAAUUGCUGUCAAAACUCCAUAAGCUCUUUAGGGAAGGGCCCACUAAAAAGUAGUUAAGCUUUGUAACCUUGACAUUCACAGUAUUUGAAAAAGAAAUUCCAGAGGUAGGAUGGAGUCCCACCUGAGCAUUUUUGUUAUAUCCUUAAAUCACUGGCAAAGCUGUAUUAUUUUCUUUUUUCUGUGGUUGUCCCAGAAAAUGAGUAGUCAGGAUAUGAGAUCACUUUGAGUACAGGAUACCCAGGAUAUGAGAUCACUUUGAGUACAGGAGGUGGAAGAUCUGUAAACUGACCCAGAAUAUGAUCCAUUUUACAUAAUGAUUAAAAAUUAUUUAAGAUAAACCAGCCUAUCAUACUGAAUCCUACCUCAUCAGAGUUAGAGUCAUUUCACGGUCCCUUUGUGUCCCUGCUUUUAUCCCUCCUACAAGAAUUCCAAGAGGACUUUUCCUUUCCUAAAUGUACUAUGGGUUCAAUAUCAGUCAUUUUUUUAAAAGAACCUUCCAGCAUAUCACCUAGGUACCAUCAGGAUGCCUUCAUGUGUCUUAAAAUAGAUGCCUCCUGAAAGCUCUAAUGGUCUGAUGGGCAGUAACUCGUGGAAUCUGGCCAUACAGGACUAGAAGGUCCUGAUACCAAUAGAACUGUAAGCUGUUUCUGCCAAGGAGUCUAUGCUUAGGUAGGACUGACUUGGAAAAUGGUUUCCUCACCUGGUUUUUCACUCUUCCACAGAACAGAGGCCGUUGACAGAUUGGCCCAUAAUUUGGGCUUUUGGCCUCCAUCAUUGCUUGGCUGCACAGGAGGAAUCAUGUGAAUAUUCCUAAGUACAAGAUUGUUUUCUUCUCCAUUGAGGAAUGACAUUGGUCAAAUGAUUCUCUUGGUUGUAUAGUUUGUGGAGAAGGUUAUCACUGUUAGAGUGAGUAAUGUCUACAAGUGUGGAGCUAAUAUGUCAGAUGACAAGAACUUCCCAUUGGCCCCUAGGCUUGGCUAUCAUGGAGGUGAGAAGUCUAGCUUGGCUUAGAUAGUAAUUGCCCUGAUAUCUGUCAGGCUCUUGUCAAUAUGGCAUAAAGUGUAGGUUUUCAGAAAGCACUGCUGAUUAGCCUGGAGUCUGCGCUGGAGACUCAGGAUUCCUCUUUCUCCUCAGUGGGAAAUCUAGAGCUAAAGAUAUGUAGGUUAAGGAGGGGUGGUGUUUUCUUUAUUUUUCUCUGAUCAUUAAGUUACUGCAUUGAGACACUUUUGUUUUCCAAAAACAAUUUUUGUGUUUUGGUACAAAAGUUGUUAUACUUACCAGGGGUGAGUAGCCCUCACCUUUCAACAGUCAUUCAGUUCGGCAAUCACUGACUAUGUGCAGUUAUCUGUCAGAUGCCAUUAUACCUGCUUAUCAUCUGC